AUGAGGUUUUCACAUAGCCCAGCCCUCAAGCGGUUUCUCUCCGACUUUACGCUCGGGUUUUCCGAUGGAUUGACUGUCCCCUUUGCCCUGACGGCAGGGCUCAGUUCCUUGGGCAAAACAGACACGGUCAUUUCUGGAGGUCUAGCAGAGCUUUGUGCGGGCAGCAUUAGUAUGGGAAUUGGUGGUUAUCUGGCAGCUCGCGAUGAAAUUCCCUCCCAGACCUGUCGUCAAUCCGACUCAGUCGACGAUGAAGAAACGAGAGGCAUCCUCAGCUACGACUCAAACAGGGAAAGCGAUGAUAUUUCAGAGCCUAGCGAAAAGUCUCAGUCUCGAGCUGAGGAGCUUGUACGACAACACCUGGAGCCCUUGGAUCUGCCUCACUCUGCCAUCACGUCGAUUAUCAGCACUAUCCAAGAGGAGGUGACGGGCCUUGAACGUGCCGCUCUAAGGUUACAGUCCUAUCGAGAAGAUACUUCGUCUCCCUCAGCAUCUUUCCUUCCAUCACCCAUUAUAUCUGGACUUUCAAUCUCCCUGGGAUACACAGUUGGAGGUACCAUUCCUCUCUUCCCUUACUUCUUUGCCAAUACGGUGGGCCUGGGCUUACAAUGGAGUAUUGGACUUUGCUUGAUUGUGCUGUUUGGGUUUGGUUUCGGGAAGAGCUGGAUUUUGAAGAGCCAAGAUUCCAGUGCUCUAAGAUGUCUCUUUGAAGGGCUGCAAAUGUUGAUAUUGGGGGUGGCAGCAGCAGCGGCAGCAGUUGGGUGCGUGCGGUUGGUUGGAGAGACGUGA